AAAACUGACAUAUGUAAUAUGAUAGCAUACAGGGUUUAACAUGGCAGAUAUUAAAGCAAAAUCCGUGCUUUAGUCUGGGUAAAACGUUAUUCCUCAACACCUAACACUGCAAGAAAAAAAAAGAAACGUUUUGGUUAAGGAUUGAAAGACUCAGAAAAUGCGUCCAAAACGACUUUGUGCUAUACUCUACUAUACUGGUGCUAUUUUUAUGAUUUAUCAAAUAAUAAGUUAUAUACACAUGUGGCAAGCUGUUCAGCCAAUUCAUCAGAGCUUUAACGAAUUAUUUAAAAAAGAGAUAUUACAUAAAUAUGACCUUAGCAAUGUUGCAACGGAUGAGGAAAUGAAGAAAGUUUUAAACUUAAUAUUACUUAAAUAUGCCUUAGAUUCAAAAUCGAAGAAUGAUAGCCGUAAUGUGCAUCCGGUCUUGAAUCCAGUAAUAAAUGACAAAACUGUGAAUCCAGUAAUAAAUGGUGCUAAUCCGAUAUUUAACGGCGAUUAUUUAUUAAAUAAUAUGGGUGUAUGUCCAGAUAAUUUAACGAUUAUCGUAGUCGUUCAUACCGCUCCAGAUCAUUUCAUCCGUCGACAAAAUAUUCGUACAACGUAUGGUUCAAGUACUAUGUUCUUACCGGUCAACAUUCGAACUGUGUUUCUUAUAGGCCGAGUGAAAACGGCGGAAAAACAAGCUGUGAUUAUAUCGGAGUAUUCUCGAUAUGGCGAUAUAAUUCAAGGAAAUUUUAUCGACGCUUACCAUAAUUUAACAUAUAAAGCAGUUAUGGGUCUUCACUGGGUAUCACAUUAUUGUUCACAAGCAAAAUAUGUCGUAAAAGUAGAUGACGAUCUAGUGUUUGAUAUGUGGCGAUUUUUAAACAUGUUCCAUGCCCGUAAUCACUUUAUCUCGAAAUCAAUAUACUGUUAUGUUCGAGUUAAGGGUAAAAUUCAUCGUAAAGGCAAAUGGGAGGUUCCUAAAGAAAUGUUUAAUGGUUAUGCAUCCUAUCCGUUUCAACACUGUAUCGGAUUUACGGUUAUUUAUAGCGGAGACAUUAUUCCGGCAUUAUACCGUGCUUCAUACAAAGUACCCUUCUUUUGGCUUGAUGACGUGUACGUAACGGGUAUGUUAAGAAUCGCUGUCGAUGGAAUCCAUCUAAAUCAACACACACAAGAUAAUCUUUUACGUCCAACUUUAGGAGGGUUAAAAUGUCUACAAGAACAAGGCAGAAACUGUACUUACUUAUCUAUGGGUGCCACAGAGGGCACAUUUAAUGCCACGUGGCUAGCUAUAAAGCGUAGGAGUCACAACUCUCUUAAAAAAACUUAAAAAGUGUCCCGACAGCUUUACUCGAUGGUAUAGAUAUCUUGAUAACCACGCGUUGUAAUCAAAACAAAGUGCCAUCAUUUCGAUCGUUUGAGUAUGGGCAACGAAAAACAUCAACAGAAGACAAUUACAAGGUUUCGAGUGUAUCGUUAAUUCCCUGUACAUAUACGUUGAAUCUAUCAUGUUAUAUAUCAUAUUAAAGAUACUCAUGGGUAAAAUUUAAGACCCGUAAAACGAAUGUCAUUGUUUUUGUGUCGUAUUUGUGUUCAAAAGAAAAUUCAUUCACCCGACUCUAAUCAAAAAUAUGAUUAAAACAAAAUAUUUUAAAUGGUAAAGCUAUAAACUUUGCAGAGAUUUUACUAGAAUGUAAAAAAAUGGUAACACGAUAAAGGAAUACGGGCAGUUAUGUGUGUGAACGCCCAAACUCAAUACCGAGCCGAGACUUAUAGCAUAUUCUUAUACAAAACUUGAAUUGUCGUAAAGUUACCGCAACCAUGGCAUGCUGCAACCCUUUUAUACGAAAUGAUCUCUGUCGAAGAGUAACGUAAUCAGCUUCAGCUUCCAUUUUAGAAUUUUUCGAUGUCAGAAGUUUAUCAGAAUUCAAUUUAAAACACUCAGAUAAGUUUAUAAUAACCAAAGUUAUGUAGUUUUUUCAUAAUCGAUGAAAUCCGUUUAAAACUUUCGAUGGUUCAGACAGUAGUUUAUCCUUUCAUCAUAGUAUAAUAUGGGUAGGUAAAUAAUGUCCUUAUUUGUUGGGGAGCCAUGGUGGAUAAGACGUUGGCUCGCUGGCUCCCGGUGUUGGCCGAGAAACUUCAUUGUGAUUUUCCGGCGUGGUUUCUCCUUGAUGAACUAUCUCGGCCCAAACCGGGAGCGAACCCGCAACCAUUUUAGAAAGGCGCGCACAGACUAUAUAUUUGUAAUUUACAUGUAUAUUUUAUAUAAUAAUUGUAAUUUAAAUUUGAUGCAUAUGCGUUAUGUUGUUUUUUUUUGUAUUGUACAUGUUUUAUUUUAUUCAUGUGGAAUUUUUGUACUGAUGUUUCUUAAAAGAUAAAAGUCUUGUAUUAUUCAAAGUUUAAAGGCAGUUUUGAUAAUUUUAAUGCUAUUUGUAUUAUAUAAAUAAAAUAUUGGUGCGAUGAAAAUAAAGUUAAUUGGUGUUUAACAAAUGUGUACACGUGGCCUCGGUUUUUGACCCACUCGAACGACUAUUCGUUGUCCCUAGCAAGACCAUCCGCCCUCCACCAGCGACAAAGGGGAACCACGCCAGAAAAU